UGAAGUUAUGCUAUAAAUACGAAAAUGCCUUCGCCGUAAACGAUUGAAUUAGGGUUUUCGAGUCUCAGGAGGAGGAGGAAGAAGAGGAGCAGCAGCCAGCAGCAACCAUGGUUCUCAAGACCGAGCUUUGUCGUUUCAGUGGCCACAAGAUUUACCCAGGGAGAGGAAUCAGAUUUAUCCGAUCUGACUCUCAGGUGUUCUUGUUCAUUAACUCGAAGUGUAAGCAUUACUUUCAUAAUAAGCUGAAGCCUUCCAAGCUUGCAUGGACUACCAUGUACAGGAAGCAGCACAAGAAGGAUGCAGCUCAAGAGGCUGUGAAGAAGAGGAGACGUGCUACCAAGAAACCAUACUCAAGGUCUAUUGUUGGGGCUACCUUGGAAGUGAUUCAGAAGAAGAGAGCUGAGAAGCCUGAAGUUCGUGAUGCAGCAAGAGAAGCUGCCCUUCGUGAUAUCAAGGAAAGAAUAAAGAAAACAAAGAAUGAGAAGAAGGCAAAGAAGGCUGAAUUUGCUUCUAAGCAACAGAAGAUUCAGGCUAAGAUCCCCGAGGCUGCUGCCAAGGGAGGUCCUAAGUUGGGAGGUGGUGGUGGCAAACGUUGAGGAGCCCAAAACCAUUUUACUUUUUCUUUCUUUCUUUAGUUAAUGUUGAUUUCAGAAUACUCCGCAGAACCUAAACCUUUCGUUAUUGAUGUUUGUCUCUUUACUUUUUGCAAUUCUUAUAAACGCAGACUAGAUAAUUUUGUUUCACUGCU